AUGGGAUUUAGCUUACAAUGGAGAAAAUGGAUGGAUGAAUGUCUUCGAUUUGCAACAAUUUCGGUGCUCGUUAAUGGUAGCCCUACAGGCAAAUUUAGGGUUGAGAAGGGGCUUCGACAAGAAGACCCUUUAUCUCCUUUCUUGUUUCUUAUUGUGGUAGAAGGAUUAGGGAUGCUGCUAAAUAAAGCCUCCGAAAUUGGUAGAUUUGAAGGGCAUUCUUUCGGAAAUCAAGCGGGGAGUCUCACUCAUCUUCAAUUCGCGGAUUGCACCCUUAUUUUGGGACCAAGAAGUCUUGAGAAUGUGGAUAGCAUGAAGGCUAUUCUGCAUCUGUUUGAACUAAGCUCUGAUAGGAAAGUUAACUUCCAUAAAAUCCGUUUAUUUGGAAUUAAAACUUCGGACUCUUGGUUGGAAGAAGCGGCAAAGGCUCUUAAUUUCAAAGUGGGUUCAAUUCCCUUCAUAUAUUUGGGGUUACCGGUUGGUGCUAAUCUAAGGAGCAUAUUUACUUGGGAUCCAGUUAUUGACAAGGUGAAAAAAAUAUUAACUAGAUGA